CCGAGGGUGUGCCAUGGGUUUGGCAAUAGCGGCCGCCAAGUCCUGGCAAGUACCAUCCGAGGUGACCAGUGAUCACCAUUUUGCUGAAUUAGCCCAAGUGGGCGCUAAGAUCCUUCUUUUUGCUGAAAGAGGCGCCCGACGCCUCAAUGAGACGAAAAGGGAGGCGCUCGAGGCUUCCUCUUCAGCUGCUCAGCUGAAGUUGGAUCUGGAGAACGCAACUGCACGCCGCGAGCAGUUUGCGAAGGAAUGCGAGGACGCCCAGAUGACGGCCACCAUGGAGUUGUCUCGUCUGCAAGGCGCCCUAGACGAGGAGCGCAAUAAAUUGGCCACCCUGCAGGCCGAGAAGGAUGUGCUGGCGCAGGAAGCUGGCGCCCAGGCCAGUGAAAUCGACAUCCUUAAGGAGGAGAAGAGGAGGUUGAAGGACGCCCACAAGGAGAGUGAGAAAUCCUUGAAGAGGGCCCGGAAAGAAAUUUCCGAACUUCGGCAAUCCUUGGACGACCUGAUGGAGUCGGAGACCGGGAAGUCCAUGUGCGCCAAUGCCGUCCUGACCGGCAUUGAAAUCCUGCGGGGAAAGCUGCAGAAGGACCAUCCUGACCUUACUUGGGAUCUCUCGGAGAUGGCCGAGUAUGUGAUCGGCGGGAUGGAGACGCCUCGCGGGACAAGUGGGGCGCCCGAGCCAUCAGCUCCCACCUCUCCUUCUCCAAGGGCGCCUAGUGCUGGGGAUGCGAAUUCAGGC